GUAACAGUUGAGGACAAUAUAGAAGCUAUAGUUAGAAAAAGUGUAAAAAGUGUAAAAACUGCAAUAAGAAAUAAGAUAGAGAUUCUAAAUAGAAAUGUAAAAACCUUAAAUGAGAAAAAG